UUUCCCCUAUGAGGAGAAAGCAUGGAGGCGAAAGUUGGGCUUCAGUCCGGCAAGAUGCCGAGUCGAAAAAGACUUCGAGUGGGAGAGCGUCGGCGUGAAGAAACCGUAUCUGAAGAGGACGACCGCCGAGCUCACCACUUGGCUCUUCUGGCGGAAAAGCCGCCCUCCGAGCGUGGCCUGGAGGAGCUGGUCUUUGGCGAUGUGGACGAAGACGAAGGUCUGCUGCGGCGUUUUCAAACCUCGGGCACCCAGGGUGGUAAUGUGGUUGGCAGUAACUUUGGAGAAGAAUCUGGUGAUUCUGAAGCAGAGAUUGAUACAGAAGACAACUUCCUUCCACUGAAAAAGCCAGUAUGGGUAGAUGAAGAUGAUGAAACUGAAGAAAUAAUUGACAUGACACACCGGCAUCGGAAGAACAUGAUGAAAAGUGAUGCUGAAAAUAAGCUUUCGAAAACAAAACUUCAAAGAAGAUUUCAAGAAGAGUUUCAAGGUGCUAUGGGAACAACUCCUUCUUGGGCACUGAGAGGCAUGAAGAACAAAACCAAAAGGAAAACUGAACACGAAGGUGACACUGAGGAUGAAGAGGAUGAUGAUCUGUUGCACAAGACAGGCAAUUUUGUGAUCGCGUCAGACUCUUUACCAAAAGGCAUUUUACAGAUGAAAAAUUGUGUGCACGCCAAUAAUGAACGUGUAUCAGAUGCCAAACUAACAACUGUGCAGUUUCAUCCUACUGCUCAAGUUGUUAUGACAGCUGGGCGUGAUCGAUCUAUAUCACUAUUCCAGGUGGAUGGUAUCACAAAUCCACAGAUACAGAGCAUUCACUUGGAAGACUUUCCAAUUUACAAGGCACGUUUCAGUGCAGAAGGAGACCAGGUUAUAGCUACUAGCAUUCAUAACAAGCUAUUUUAUAUAUAUGACAUGAUGGAAGGAAAAAUUAUUCCUAUAAAUCACAUCAGAGGCUUAGAGGAGAAGAUUGUCAAAAAAUUUGAAGUAUCUCCAGAUGGAACAUUCCUGCUGCUUAGUGGAACAUCUGGUUAUCUUCAUUUGAUUACAAUGAAGACAAAAGAAUUUAUUGGAAGCAUGAAAAUAAAUGGAAAGGCUAUUGCAUCAUCAUUCUCUCCAGAUGGCAGCAGAAUCUACACACAUUCUGAUGAGGGUGAAGUCUUCAUAUGGGAUGUGAAAAGCAGGCGGUGUCUGAACAAGUUUACUGAUGAAGGUUGUCUGCAUGGUACUUCUAUUGCAGUCUCUAAAAACAGCCAAUAUAUUGCAUGUGGUUCUAAUUCCGGAGUUGUGAAUGUGUAUGCCCAUGAUGAUUGCAUCAAAGAAACACGUCCUAAGCCUCUUAAGGCUAUAAUGAACUUGGUCACGCCUUCUACAUCGUUAGCAUUCAACCCAACCACUGAAAUACUAGCAAUGGCUUCUAAUAAAAUGGAUGAUGCAUUGAAACUGGUCCAUAUUCCUUCAUUUACAGUAUUCUCAAAUUUUCCUGUGUUCAGGAGGAAGUUGUUCUAUUUAGCUUACUGUAUGGAUUUCUCACCAAGAAGUGGAUAUUUUUCCAUAGCAAACAACAAAGGCAAAGCUUUAUUGUAUAGGUUGAAACACUACUCUGAUUUCUAAAAUGACUACUUUAAAAUUAGAUCCUGCAGCCUGUGGUUCUAAGAAAAUAGAUUUAAUUUUGCCUUAAAAAAAAAAAUUCAUCACCAAUACAUGUUUUUGAUAAUUUACAAA